CCAUAAUCCAUAUUUUAUUUAAGGAGCAGUUCAAUUAUUCAAUAUGUCACAAUUAUUUGAAUGGGCAUUUGGUAAGAAACUUACUCCACAGGAGAGGCUUCGAAAGAAUCAAAGAGCUUUGGAGAAGACUCAGAGAGAAUUAGGUAGAGAAGUUACAAAGUUACAACAACAAGAGAAGAAAUUAAUAAGUGAUAUUAAAAAAUCAGCGAAACUGGGACAGAUUUCAAGUGCUAAGAUUCAAGCCAAAGAUUUAAUUAGAACUAAAAGUUAUAUAACCAAAUUCAAUUCUAUGAAAGCCCAAUUACAAGCUAUUUCAUUAAGAAUACAAUCGGUAAGAUCUAAUACACAAAUGGCCACUUCAAUGAGAGAUGCUACUAGAUUAUUAGCAGGAAUGAAUAGAUCAAUGAAUUUGCCACAGUUGUCUAGAAUAGCGCAAGAAUUUGCUAAAGAGAAUGAUUUAAUGGAUCAAAAGCAAGAAUUCAUGGAUGAGGCCAUUGAUGAUGCUAUGGCAGAUGAUGAAGAAUUAGACGAAGAUGAACAAGUCGAUGAAAUCUUGGGUAAGGUUCUUGAUGAAAUUGGAGUUGACCUUAAUUCAAACUUGAAGGAUACUCCUACUGCCAUUAAUGUUCAAACUGAAGAGAAUGUAUCUAAUGGUAGAGUAGCCGAAGCUCUUGGAGGUGCUGGUGGAAGUAGUGGACAUACAGAUGAGGAUGAUUUACAAGCAAGAUUAGAUAGUUUGAAAAAAUGAUUUUUCUAUGCUAUAAUAUACAAUUAAUGUGCAAUGACUAUAUCAACUUAUUUAUA